AUGGAUAAGUGGGAUGAAAGAAAGAAAGAAGCUGGAUUUAAUGAUGUUGCGAAUAACCAAGCUGCAAUACGCAUUCUGCUCGGCGGAUCGCCAGAGAACAAUCGCAUUGUGAAAAAUGACAGCGCCAGAGGUGAUCCGCUCCCUACACUCAAUGCUGCGGACAACAAAGAGAUGAUCUAUGAUGCGUGCUCGUAUGGAAGGCUUUCAAUUGAGACUGAAUUGAAUGCGGUAUUCUCCUCGCUGGUCUUUAAAUUCCAAAAACUUAUAUUCAUCAAUUAUUGUAUUAUUUUGCUCUACAUGGGUAAUUCAGUUGAGACGAUCGACUGGAUGAUGCGCCGCUAUAUAAGCGACUCGAGUUCUAAGAACUUGAAGCGGUAUCGCCGGGGCUGCGCCCGGCGCCCUCACCUUUACGCGCGGUUUACAGACGCACCGGAAGAAUGUCACAAAAUGUUCACUGAGCGAUUGGGUGCAGCGGAAGUACCUCAAUGCAAGGAUGGAUUUAUACCAUUUUGUAUUCCUAGCAUCAUCAAGAGUUUGGUUGGUGAUAAUAUUGAACAGGGAAAGUCACCUCACAGAGAGUGA